AUGUCAAGAUUCGUCCUCGCGGCUUCGGCCUUGGUUGCCCUGGUCCAGGCGCAAACCAUCGAGACUUCCAGCGCUGCCUCCGUGGCGGCGUCGACCACCGUUUCGCAAGUCAUGCCCCCGAUUGCCACGGCAUCCUUCAACCCAGCGAGCGUCGACACGACCACUGCAUUCAACUGGUGCCAUGCUCAACUGAACACUUGCCCUCAAAUCUGCGGUGGUUCUGCGUCUCAAAACAAAUGUGAUCAGACCAGCUUCACCUACACCUGCGUCUGCGCCAACGGAACCGUGCCUGACUGCACAGCAUUCACCGAGACCCUGCCUUUCUACAUUUGUCAAGAGACCUAUGUCCAAUGUAUUAACAACCAUCCCAACGAUGCUCAAGGACAGGCCACCUGUGCUUCGAACGAGCAAUGUGGUACUCGCAAUGCCACCGCCGAAGCCCUUGCGCAGACCUCCGCCGCUGCUUCGUCUUCUGCGGCUGCUACUAGCAGCGCAGCAGCCUCGUCCUCUGCUUCCGGCUCUGGUAGUGCCACCGCUGCCAGCAAUUCCGCCUCUGCCACUCAAAGUGGUCUCGCUGCGCCCGGUUUGUCCCAGCAGAUCUCCACCGGCGUCUUUGCCGCACUUUUGAUGGCCGCCUUCAAGCUUUUCUUGUAG